CUACUUGAGUUGUACAUUUUGUUCUUUUUCUCUGAGACUGUGGGGUGUAUCGCUAUUGAGAAACUAUAACAAUAACCAUUCCACGCACAACAAAAUUUGACAGACAAAAUCUGCGUGUGAAUCUAUUGAAUUAAAUAAAGAGUCAUUUGGUUUUUACAGAACCAAACGCACCACCAGUUAAUGUUCAAGGACACAACACAAGUUCAACCAGUAUUUCGGUGGAUUGGGACACCGUUCCUGUGGCUGAUCAAAAUGGAAUUAUACUGAGUUACACGGUGACGUACACGGCGUUGCCUGGUGGCAUUUCACGGACGGCUGUAGUGAGUGCUCCAACCACCCACUUCGCACUGAGGGGUUUGGAGGAAUAUACAGACUAUAGUAUCCUGGUUUUUGCAUCUACUAUGAAGGGAGACGGAAAUGCCAGCGAUCCAAUCAUUGUCACCACAGACCAGGACAGUAAGUUCUCAAAGGCCUUUCAAGGGUCAUCAAUAUAUAAGAGAAAGGUGUCAUUUCAUUAGGUGUAAGAAAGUGCAUAAGUAGUCAAACAUUAGAAAAUAUAUUUCAGUUAAUUUUUGGUUUCCCUUUGUUUAAAAUUCAUUAGCAUAUAUUACCCACCCAAAAACAAUGGAAAAAUAAAAAUUAACUGCAACACAAGAGUAUAACUUUUACAAUAACGUUUUCGCGCAGAACAAAUUUAUCUGGGGAGUUGUGGGUGCGUUGAAUCUUUUGAAAUACAAAGAUACAUGUUUUUUUUCUGAUAGAGCCAAACUCGCCACCAGCUAAUGUCCAAGGACACAACACAAGCUCAACCAGUAUUUGGGUAGGCUGGGACACUGUUCCUGUUGCUGAUCAAAAUGGUAUUAUACUGAGUUAUACAGUGACCUACAAACUGGUGCCUGACGGCAGUCCACAGACGGCCGUGGUGCGGGCUCCAACCACUCAAGCGAAUUUGACCGGUUUGACGAAAUACAGGAAGUACUCCAUAACAGUGUAUGCCUCUAAUUUGAAGGGAGAUGGAAAUGCCAGCCAGCCUAUCAUAGUCAUGACAGACGAAGAUAGUAAGUUGUCAAGAGGAGUGACACAUUUUUUUGUUGAGGUUAACAUUUACGAAUGAUAAAUAAUUAAGUUCAUAUUCCUUUUCACAUGUCCGUUCGAAGUCAUUACUUGAUGGCGUCAAUCUGCCUGUACAUGUAAUUAGAAACGUGCGUUGCCAUUUGAAUGCGAAUCAGCUUAAAAACUUGCUUAUCGUAUUACAUAUUACUAAGUAGAAUCAAAAAAAAAUAUGAAAGAACAAUUUUCUUUAAAAAAUGAACAUCUCCACCAAGAAUCCUAAUUAAUAGAGAAGAUACGGCAUCAUCUUAUUUACCUUGACUGUGAAGAGUGAUGAAGAUAAAAAUGAACCAAAGAGGUACGAUUUCCAGGGGUGGAGACGUAUGCUUAAGUUAUCGCUUAUCAGCACACAUAAAUCGGGCAAGAAUGACAGUGCUGAAUAACUGACCAGGAAAUAAUCUUAUUAAAGCCCUCUCUACGAGCCUCUCCACUCCUUUGAUUUAUGUGCGUAAACGUGACAGAACAUUUGGUACCUCCCAUGCUUAGUUUAAAUUACGAGAAGCAGUGAUUUGAUUCAUGGUUCUUGAUUCUUGGUGUCUUUUGACUUAAGAUAAUGAAGGAAGCGUUUUCAGCUUUAACAAGAUAAAGGAAAAUUGAUUCGCUGAGGCUCGAUCUUCAUUCUUUCUAUGGCGUCCGAAGGGGCGUGGGAAGAAACGGCUGGAAAUCGAGCCUAAGUUUUACCCUGUACGCUUAAUUUUUCAAUUGAACGUUGCUGGCACAUCCCAUGUUCAAUAGAUCUUACUCUUAACCAAUUGGCUUCCCUUGUUCGUUAAUUCAGAAUCAAAAUUAUUGUGAUCCUUUUUUGUCAAUUAUGAUUUGUAUUUCUGCUGACAAACAUAUUUGUAACCUCUCAGAGCCAGCCCAAUCAGUUACAAAACCCAAAGUGAAAGUUCUGAGCAGUACCAUCGUUCAGUUGGAAUGGGAUCCUGUUCCCGAGAGGUUUAGACAUGGCGUCAUUAUAAAGUACACCAUAGUGUACAAAAACGAGUACACCGGGAAAGAGUUAAAAAAUUACUCACCACCUUCUGCCGUAAGUAUCAUAGUAAAUGGACUCAGGCAAUCUGCUGAGUAUUCAUUUUGGAUUUUUGCCGCAACAUCGAAAGGAAACAGUCCUCCCAGUGACGUUUUGAUGGCAAAGACAGAAGGUAAGCCGGAAAAAAGUGAAGACAAGCUACUUCUAAAUACAUGUAUGUGCCUGCUUAAGCGAUAAGAUGAAGCGGAUCCUGUUUUCUAAUUGGCUUAAAAGCGGUGAGUUGAGGCUAUCUUUCUCAUUCUACACCUGGGGCCCGUAAAGCUGUUUUGGUUUACAUAGAGGGUAGAGGAUUCAAUAGUUUUACAUCUAACAUUAUAAAACUAUCAGUUAAUGAAACAAAAUGGAGUGGUUUCCUAGCCAGGAACCGCGCUUUAAUUCUUUUUAUUUCGAUUUGAAUAUGUGAUUUCGGACCCGAAAAGUUACCGGGACUUUCGAGAAAUGGGCCCCUGGCCCCAGUCGUUUAAAAGCUGGAUGGAGCUAACCAUCGGGUAAAGUCACUAUCCAGCGGAUAAAUAUAAGGGAAAGCAAUCGCACUAUCCUUUGGAUAGAGAUUUAUUUAGUGGAUAGUGUUAUCCAUCUUUUGACCAGCAGGGGCCUGGGGGGAAUCACUCUCUUGUUUUGCCGAGACUGGUAUGUGCCGCUGGACAAAGUAUGGUUGUCAGGGCUUGAGGCUUAAACAGGGGGAAAAGCGUCACUGUUUAGCGUCUUGAACAGGUUAUAUUUUUAGGUCUAAUUCCAUAAUAUUAGCUUAAAUAAUUACUUAGUUCUGUAAGCAAAACAAAAUAAAUCUGAGUGAGAAGUAAAGCUUCUUGUCUUAAACGGUAGCAAAAUGAACGGUCAUGAUUUGAAGUCCUCGAAGGAACACUUGUCCCAAACUUCCCUUGAAUGGUUUGCUUGGUUUUAAAGUUCUCCUUCAAGAGACUGCAGAAAAGUAGGAAGUUGAUGGCGCGUCAACCAAUUAUCACCAUCUAUCAACUGUUUUGCCAACCAACCCUAAAUUAUUUUUUCCCUGUGUAAGAGGAAUUGACAAAUUAAGCAGCUUUUUCUCAUUAGAACGCAUAUUCACAAUUUAUUUAGAAGUAACAUUAGUCGAUGUUUCGAUGUACUCAGCGUCAUUGUAAGUCAUAUAUAUAUAAAAAAAAAAUUACGAAGUGUUAAAGCUUUUAAAAGAGUAAUUAUAAAGCACUCAUAUGUGCUUGAUUUUACAAAAGGGUGCCAACGUAAAAAAAUGCGCGCAAGACAAGUUUGAUUCCGCGUCUAGCAAUGAUGUAAGUUCCUUGAUAAACAGCAUAUCGAAAACAAGGCAGUCAAAUUUAUUCUGCACAGUUUGAGGGCCGAUAAUUUCCCGUGAUAGUUGGUUUCUCGACCGACUAACGCUACUUCUAUUUUUUCUUGUUCUGAAAUGCUUUAACAAGCAGCUGACCACCGUAUCCGUUAAAAAAGUUGUCGCCUCUUUUGCAGACCCACCCAAGCCUCCUCCCAUUCUAGAGAGAAACAUUCGGGAGACGUUGGUAAUUGUGGAGUUUAUAAACAACAAAACCUUAAGUAAUGGAAAUCCAAUCAGGUAAGUGCAAAAAGAUCCUUGUUUUUAAGUUUUCUCAUUUGCGACCAAUGAUACCGUAAAAUUGCGAAAAUAGGCCCCUUGAGCCCCUCCAAAUAUAAGCCCCCCAGACCGGUAACGCAAAAAACCCUCCUUUAAAACACCCCUCCAAAUAAAAGCCCCCCCCCGGGGGGGGUUGUACUUGGAAAAAUGCCCUCAAAUACAAAGUCAAACAAAGCAAAAACGAUAAAUUUACUUCCAACUAUACAAAGGCUUGCUCAAUCGAUUUUGAAACGCAAAUUUCCCUCCGUAGAUAAGCCCCUCCAAAAAUAAGCCCCUCCAAAAGGGCUUUUGAAAAAUAUGAGCCCCGGUGCUUAUUUUCGAAAUUUUACGUCAUAGCAUCAUGUAGUUUGAAGGGAAUCUGGAUGUUUUGUAUACUAGCUUUUCGGGUCUCGUGCCAGUUUAGAAUUUUGAAAAAGGUUAGGUAUGAAAUGAAGUCAGAACUUCAGACAAGUUCAUUUCUUUAAAAUCACGAAUGUCUUACAUUGGGCCUGUGAAUCGAGAAAUUCUCAGUUACGAAUAAAAAAGACUGUGAGGUUAUUGAUACCACUUUGCGGUUCCGGUAUCACGACUUAAGAUACAAAUUGAAGCCCUCUUCUCCUAAGAGUUUACUCUUCACUUCACCUCCAAAAGAACCUAAAAUCACAGGGAGCCCACACAACACAAUCUGUUUGUGUAUAGCCGAUUGUUAUUUUAUAGUAAAUGUACUGGAUUUACCUUUUGCUUCACCUAUAGCGAUGUAUCGCUAACUAUGUAUAUAAAUCAAUGAUAAUGUAGUGAAUGAUGCCUGAUAAUGUAGUGAACAAGUUAGUGUCAAGUUAUAACAACAACAUUAAGAACCAUUUAAUAAUUUUCUAACGAAAGCCGUGGAAGGACAUCAGAUUUCAGAAUCACAAAUCAAUUUUGAAAUUUAGGUAGUUUAUACUACUUACUCACCCGCAAACAACGAAGCUAAUCGAGGCGGGCCACUUUAGAGAACGAUGGCAAACACACUCCCAGAAUGUUUUUCAACUUAGGCAGAAAGUUGGGUGCACCUGCCAGAUCCUGAGCCGGAUUCUUAGAAAUUUUGUCAGUUUUUUCUUAGUGAAAUGCUUUAGUUUUUUUAAGAGAAGAGUGGCUUCUUCUUCGUAUAAAGUUUCUGGCACAGGUAGAAGGACUUUUCAAUUAAUGAUGACGUUGUUCAAUGAAAGUAAGUAAACGUAACACAUUUUUCCUGUUUGUAUGCAGUUACUUUCAAAUGAUCGUACUACAACUAAAUGAGGGUCAAGAUCCAGGAAGUUCUGCAAAUAGAGCGUAUGAAAUAAUUAAUCGAACAUACGAGGACCAAGUAAAAGGCAAGCCAUACAUCACAGCCGAGUUUGUAAGAGAUGAGUCAAGAACGGUAUUCAUUGUCGGAGAUGGGAAGAACUAUUCAAGAUCUUCUAUCACUGAAGCUAAACGAAAACGAAAAGAUACAUCAAGUGAGCUAACACCAGACAAAAUUAACAAUGUGUAAAAAUUGUUCCCGUGCCGUUGCGUGGUACGGGGCGGGGUGGUGGCAGCGUCUCCAUGGCUCUUGCCGUAUCAGAGUAUUUUGGAAUGAUCAUAACUCAUAGAAGCCUCUACCUUGUCUUAUCAUAGCAAAUAGCUUCUUGAAUUGUAGUGCAUAGUUGUAGUUUAUAUAACUGGGCUUCCCCUGUUGCCAUUUCUUCGCUUUCUUCGCAGUAAAAGGGUUAAAAGAGAGUAACUUGGACACAAUCGAGCCAUCACUAAACAUUUUUUUCAAAGAUCCUUGUAAAUGCACCAAACUAAACGUUGGGCAGCAGCCUUAAAAUAAGCUUUUGGAGCGGUAAUGUUUUGUGUGAAUAAAUGCCUAACUAAGCUGAUAAAAGUUUGGUAGAAGAAAGUCGGCAAAUACAACGCAAAUUUGUAAUGUUUUAAUGGCCAUCACAACAGUUAUUGACCAUUAUAUCAUGACAUGACAUGUAGUUGAAAUUCUUUUUUCUGGACUCUCUUGCAAAUAAAAAAACUGAUAAAAAAAUUAAGAUGGGUGCAGCUAUAUCCCAUUUAAUUCGAAUUUGUCUCUCAACUUACUAGUCAAUAAACACAGUAAAAUUCUCACUUUGUUUCCUUUUAGCUUUUCCCAAGUACCUGAAUGGAAAGCUCAAGAGCAACACAGAUUAUGCAGUUUUUCAGCGUUCGUUUGAUGAAGAUGGUGGUUAUGAAAACCACGGUUUCGCUAAGUUUACUACCAAGUUAUUUCAGUCUAGCGGGAACGAAUCCUCAAAUUUGAAAACCAGGUCAAAGUUCCUGACAGGUAACACUAUUUUGAUUGGAGUGGUAUUGAUUGUUUUACUCAUCGUGGCUGCUACGUGUGUCGUUUGCCGUCGGCGAUAUCACCGAAAUGGUAAGUUACGUUUUAGAGGAGCUCCACGCGCGCGAGCGUAGCCCCAUAACUAAGAAAAUGUGGUAAUCUAUCCAUCUGAAAAUCACGUGGCCGUACGUCCGACCGACCGACCGACCGACCGACUGCUCGUCCGCACCACAGGCAUACCAAUGUAAAAUAACUCAAUCAACGGGUUUAGCAACCAAAAUGCAACUCGAGGUUAUUUUGGCGGGGAAUCGCAUAGCCACCCACAGAGACAACUAAAGAGUCAAUAAAUACGAAAACUGAAAGCAGAAAUUGUUUCUGUAUCCGUGUUGUCUAAAGUAUUAAGCUUAGAUUAAUUUUUUAUGUUCACAAAUUUGGAAUAUAGAGAAAGACAGAGAAAAAGAGAACGUAGGCGACAGGCCAGCGAAAAAAAGGAGGCAUUUCUUUAUUGAAAGAACAAAAUGAAAAUUUUGCAGAGGUGGUGAGAAAAUGAAAAAUGCGACAAAAUGUGGCCAUCACAUCAUCGGCCAUCAUUAGGUAAAAAUGUGCCGCAGUGAAAAAACGGUGAACGAUUACACGUACGAAAUUUCCUCCAUAGAACGUGUAACUGGGAAGUUUCUGAAAUUUUCACAUUGUAGUCGUGCAAAACAACGGAAUAGAAAUGUACAAAAAGUAUGUUACACGUGCAAAGUUGCUUUUUUGCUAAUUAGACCUAUUGUUGUUUUUCACCAUUCUCGUUGCCUUCGCCGUUUAGCAUUACACGAUUUUAUAUUUUGUUUGAGCAAACUAUAAAUAUUAUCGAGAGCUUCGCUUUUAGCCCUGGCUUAAUCUAUGUAUUAUCAUUGUGAACUACUAACAAUGGAUAAGCUACGUGUUUCAGUUCUUAUCCAAAUACAACUUUCAAUGGUAUCACUUGACAUUUGACGAAAGGCUGAUCAUUAUUAUUUUGGGUUUUUGGCGUAAGAAUGCUCAUGGAGGCUUGCCAUUGACUCGUUAUCACCAUCCUUAUCAUCAUCAUCAUCAUCAUCAUUAUUUCAUCAUCAUCAUCAUGGUCUUCACCAACAUCAUUAUCAUUAUCAUUAUCAUCCUCAACAUCGUCAUCGUCGUCGUCGUCAUCAUCAUCAUCAGGGAGCUUAAGCAACAACAACGACGACGGCAGUGAAAACAUCACUAAAAAAAUGAAUUUGUGUCCUUUCAAACUUUUGUCGCAUCUAUUUGCACCUUCUCAAUUCGUCAAAUGUAGGCGACUUUUCUUGGAGUUGAAUUCUUAAGGGCUUUAUCCAUGUUCAAAUAGAGAAAGGAAAAUUUGUCGUCAUAUGACCACGUUUUUCAUAAAACGUCGCAUUGGGAGGUUUCACGUCGUAGUCGUGCAGCGGACAUCAAAAAAAUGUACUAAAAAGCGUAAUGCACGUGCACAGCAGUUUUUUUUCUCAGUCAUAAAAACAAUUGUUUUUUUUUCACGUUUUCGUCGUCUUCGUAGUUGCUUAAGCUCCCUAUCAUCAUCAUCAUCAUCAUCAUCAUCAUCAUCAUCAUCAUCAUCAUCAUCAUUAUCAUUACCAUCAUACUCUUGAUUUAAAUACGACAAAACUUCUAAAGCAAAUACUUGUGGCGUCAAGGAAACUAACCAUACCUCUUUACAAAAGUAUAUUGGUUUUCUCUUGAAACAGGGUCUAUGGUGACUCAAAGGAUACAUGUUGUCACGCAAGACAUUAUGGAGAUGUCCGUAAAUAAUGGCACAUCGAUAGUACCAAGUUUGGAAGAGCAUUUGGAGCCAAAAGAUAACAUCAGUGGUGUUUGCACUGACCAGUCUGCCCAUGAUAAUGAUGUUAGUGUUUCGGAAGAAGAAUUUUACUAAAAGAUCUCAGCAUGGUUAUUAGAGUCAAAUGGUUACGAAGCCUGACUACGCUCUUCCUUGAUGUUUUUGCUAGCGUUUUUAGCCUCAACCAUGAAAAGCUGGUAGUGACACUUGAGCUAAGUUAAAGAAACUAACCACCACAAAAUUUCUUUAGGCCAGUCACGUUGCUUCUAACAUUUGAAGUACGCCGUGGCUUUUAUAGCCAGUCACAUUUUAUGACUGUAAUCCAAGAACUAUGAUCGAACACUAUAGUUCGAAUAGAGGAGUUAUUUUUAAUUUGUUUUCAGCUUAGUCAGCAUUGCUUAUAAACGUAUUUUUGUAUUAGAAAAUAUACCCACCUCCCUACCCGGGCACCUCGGGAAAUCGAGCGGACGAGGAAACUGUCUAGAGACCAGAGAAGCGUGAAAUAUCAUGGGAAAGAGAGGAAUAGUGGGCGCGCCCUUGAUUUGCUUUAUACAAGAUGCAAAAAUUACUCGAAAUUCUUCACGUUUUAGUGAAAUAGUAAGG